AUGCUUGAAGUUAACGAUUACCGAGUUAACGAUUACCGAGUUUCUAGGAUUGUAAUCCUUUGUAAGGAUUGCGGACAAGACGUUGGUCUAUACCCUGCCCGUCAUAAGUGUGGAAUACCUUCCUCGGAAGCACCUCCUUUACCAUCCAUACCGAAUCAAUAUCUUUCAACUAAAUCCGGCACGCAGUCUAAUAAUGAUACUCAUUCCGAUGGUAUCUGGAAUAAACUUCGAUCUGUUCGUAGUUGGAAGGACACUGAAAGUAAACGGGAUGAACAUUUUGAAGUGGAUAAUUCUCAAAGUUCAAAAAUAUGGAAAACGUUGUUAAACGUAACUUCAUAUACUAACGAUGAUGAAUCGGAAAAAGAUGGAUGGGAAGGAGAAACUCAUAUCUCACGAAUAUUAAGAGAAUAUUAUGAAGAGAAAGGUGAAUACCUUCCUGAUUGGUUACAUGAUUCAAAUUCAAAUUCAGAUAAUAAAAAUUCCACACAAGUUUCAUCAAAAGAAAAUAAUUAUAGUCCACCAAUGAUUACAAAUUUAAAUGAUAAUAAAAACAAGAACUCUAAUAGACUACAGACAAUAGACAAUGAUAUUAAUAAAAACCUUCAACCAAAAAAUUAUAAUCAAGACUUAUCAACUUCUCCUUCUUCAAUGAAUUUUCAUUCAUCGCACAUGAAUAAAAGAAAUAGAGAAAGGAGUAGGGAUUAUAUUAUGGAUAAAAAUAAGGUCAUAAGAAGGUAUGAUGAUAGAAACAUGAAACAACAUAUUAAUAAUACUUUGCCUUCGAAAGGAUGGCAACCUUCUCCCAAUGCACGAUCAUCUGAUGAUAAAGGAAGGUUGAUGACUAAAAAAUCCCAUAAUCAAUUACGAACGGGAUCAGAUCGCCAGUUACAUAAUGAUGUUCCUCAUAUCCCUACAAAUAGGUCUAAAGUUAUGAAUUCAAAUUUCUUUCCUUCUAAUCCACAACAACAGCACCAACCAUUUCCUCAUAAUGGGAAAGGUUUGAGUUAUGGCGGUAAUAAAUAUGAAGGUGAUUUUCGUGGUAGGCAAGGUGUUCAACUUUCGGGUUCACGUGGUCCCAAUAGAAAUAGAAAAAUGUCUACUACAACAGCUGAUAUUCCUACCAAUAUUACAAAUUCCGUUACAAGUUUAACAACUAAAGCUACAGCUACAGACACAACCACGAGACCAGAUAUUCGCCCUUGUUGUGCAUGUCCUGAAACUAAGAGAAAUCGAGAUCAAUGUAUUUUUGAAACGGGAGAUGAAGAAAAAUGUAAAGAUUUGAUUGAGGCUCAUAAAGCUUGCAUGCGUAGCUUUGGUUUUAAUGUGUAA